ACAUUCUACUUUCAAUUAUAGUUAUUCAACCUUAAGAAGAAAUAGAAUAUCUCCUUCUGUCCUACCAUUUCAGCUUCUGCUUAGACCAGAGAGCUUUACUGGGACCUCUUGAACAACAGCUGGCAUAAUAGUAUUUCCCCUUCAGUGCAAUCAUAGGUCCGCGGACCAAAAUUUUGCUUCUCUCUUUCUCUGCAUUUCGCUUUUUCUUUGACUUUCUUGGUAUCCCUGCUGAUUUCGAAUAUACUAUUCUUAUCUGCAUUCUAUUUGGCCUCCUCCUUCCCCUCCCACGCCCUCAUUUCCCCUUAUUUCCCCUUAUCCGAGAUCUCAACGAAUUCCGGCAGCAUCGGGAUAGGAAACCGGCAGCAUGCCUCCAAGAAAGCCAUUGACAAGUCGCUGGUUUUCCCGCCCAACCGAAAACUUCCAGCAUGUCCCAUUAAUGGGAAGCAGUGCUAAUGGUUUUUUCUUCUCUAUGACGCACUCAAUUGCUCGCAAACCCUUCGUAUUUGCUUCCACAUCUCGUCCCCCAACCUCGUGUUCAUGGACUCGCGCUUUUUCCUCCGGCUCAGCGACUGGCCGACCCGCAAGGAGAUCUGUGCUUCAAGAGAAUCUGAAGCAGCCACAUACUAUUCUCAGACGCGGAAGUUCCCGACAAUUCAAUUCGUCGAAGGCAGGCGGUCAAUCUUCCUCGUCAUCUCCAGAACAUUCGUCUCUUUCCCAGAAACUGCGCAAGCUCUCCCGUGAGUACGGAUGGUCAGCACUGGGUGUCUACCUGUUGCUCUCAGCUGUAGACUUUCCGCUUUGUUUUCUCGCUGUGCGCUUUUUUGGAACAGAAAAAAUUGGGCAUAUCGAGCAUGUGAUUGUGAGCUCAGUGAAAGACGCUGUUGGGAGCGUGUGCUUCCGAGUGAGACCAGGAGAGUCGGAGCCGGAGGACCAUGGUGAGGCUAAAGAUGGCGAGCCGCCCUCGGUUGCGGUGGAAAAGAAGAAUGGUGAAGCGAGUAUAUGGACCCAAGUUGCUCUUGCAUAUGCAAUUCACAAAAGCUUGAUCUUCAUCCGGGUGCCGCUCACUGCUGCUGUCACCCCCAAGGUCGUACAGGUCUUGAGAAACUGGGGUUGGAACAUUGGGAAACGAACACCCAAAACAUAGCGUUGACUAUCUGUAUUAUAUUGUACGGCUAUGGAUGCCAUGCAUUUGGUGCAAACACUGAAAUAUGACGAUAGAUUCCACACUCUUUCUUUUUUCAACAUGUUAGCAUAAGGUGGGGUUUGUUU